AUUUAAAUGGGGUUCCUCGGAUAUAUUUAUGGUACAACUGGCUUCUUAUUCCAAUCAAUCGGGAUAUGUAUCAUCAAACACGCAUUCUUACUCGCACCAUUCACAAUGAGUUCAGACAUCACUUUCUGGAGAUAUGUGUUCUUACCGAUCUUUUGAGUGAUAAGCAUGGGGUGUACAUUGUCUCCAAUGUUUAAAAAGGGAAGGUCAACAAUGGUAAGACGAUUCCAACAUUUUGAGAAUUUCCAAGGGACAAUUGAGAUUCAGACACCUGAAGAUGAGAGAAAUGUCUUCUUGCUCCUCUUCUGUGCAGGUAUAUGUUUCACAAUGAGCACUAUCUUACUCACCUCAUCUAUCAGCCUUAUCUCUGUGACAGAAUCACAGGUAGUUUUUGGCACAAAAACUUUCUUUGUGUUUGUUCUUAGUAUCUGGAUAUUGAAAUCAAAGAUGAACUAUCUUGAGUUAGUAGCUAUUCUCUUCUCAUUCAUUGGACUGAUCAUUUUCAGUCUGCCAAAGGAUGAGUACCUCACAACUAAGGAAAAUGAUGAAGUAAUUCUCUUUGAUUAUCUGGGCAUCGAUCUCCAUCCUGUAGUUUGAACCAAGUACAAUGGAUGAAACCAGAAGGAAGAUAAGGGCUUUGGAAAUGAGCUAAACGGUAUUAUUAGGAGCUUUGCAGCAGCUGCUUUCGCAGGCUUCUCAGUUAUUUUAAUCAAGAAGAUUCAGGAUAAUGAGAAGACUCAUGUGUCAGAGGACAAAAUAAUCCUCUCAAAUUGCUUACAUAUUGUGAUGAUCUGAAAUGUGUUGGGAACGCUUGAGUUUUACACUGAGAAUCCAUGGACUUCCUACACGAUGCACUUAGAACUUUUCUUUGCUCUGAUUUUUAUCCUAAGUUUGAUCACAUACACCAGCAUGAAACUGAUACUCAAAACAAUGAAGAUGGAAUCACCUUCAGUAGUGGGUGUGUAUGAGUUUCAAGGUAUUAUUUUCACAGCUAUACUUGACUCCUUGAUCCUGGGCACAAAGUUUACCACAAAAGAUUAUGUAGCAGGAGCAUUUAUCAUUGUUCCCAACCUAGCAGUGUCUAUUCUCAAUCAUUUCUGGAAGAAGGCAGAUUAA